UGCCGAAAUGCAGACAAAGUUUGAAUUUACCUGACUCGAGGUUAACCGUUUGUUUGCAAGCCGACUUGCAUCGCAAACAUAAAAUAUUUUGAGCAAUGUAUGGGUUUCCAAGAAAAGAAGACGGUGACUACAAAAAGCAAUUAAUAACAAAUUCUGCUGCUGCGACUCCAAGUAGUCAGAAACCCAGUCCCACUUCUACUUCGAGUGAUGACGCUUCCAAAGGAGAAAACACACACAACCAUGAUGGAGGUACAGGCACAAACUCAAACAGAUAUGCCAGAAAUAAGAGUGGUCUGAAGCCCAUCCGCCCAACAAAUGUUUCUGCUUCCAACCUCAACCCAAUUACCCCUGGUAGGCAAUUGCCACACACACCUAGACUUAACUUCAAAGAAAAUGAACUUCCUAGAUUUGGAAUGCAUGAUUUUCCAUCUACCCCAAAGCUUGGACGUUCUGAAUCAACACCUGAAUUGCAUAGGAUUAAAAGAUCAGAUCACCUGCUACACACAGUUGAUAGAAACACUGCUCAAGAAAAAACCUGUUACAGCAAUGUCCUUCAAGAGACCAGUGUGUCCAACCUGUUUUCGCUCACCAGUGACUCACUUCCAGACAUCUUUCGCAAACCUAUUAUUCAACAACAACCUGAUAUUGCCCUUAACCUUCAAUCAAAGUUUUCCCAAUCAGAAGACAAGGUUUCACGUUGGGGUUAUGGUCCUUCGUCUUCUAUGAAUAUCCAACAAGGGUUUGGUAUCAAAACCCUUCAUUCUGAUUGUCACAAAGAGCUUCCUACCAAACUGCUUGCUGAAGGACAUUUGUCAUUACCGCAAGUUCAAGAGGAGUCGCAUCCUGUUGAUGUACUGAAACCUUGUCUUCAACAGACGAACCUGCAUGGAACUAAAAAUGGGGAUUGGAAUCAACCGCGAAAGCCAUUAGUUUUAAACUGCAAAGUACCAUUCAUGCCACCAGAAAAGGAAGAACCCGUGUCUUCUACUACCAAGCUUCUCGAUAAAUCAGACUCGAAUACAACUUCAGAUACAGCGAUCAUGCUUGGGAUACCGACGCAGCUCACUGUCAAAAUGCAUCCUUCAGAUGACUCGAGAACGCCAAUCGCUAAACAGCUAUCGUGGACUGGGCAUUCUUCGUUUAGUACAACCAAGGCCCAAGAACCUCAUAUAGUUUCAUCAGUUUCUUCUUCCAAACCUGAAAACCGUAUAAAUGAACCAAGUCCAUCUCCUAGCCUUUUAUUAACCAAGCCAGAUAGUGCGUCAUUGUUGGUUUUGAACUCGGCGGAUUUUAAACGGCCAUUACCAGAAAAAAUGAAACAUACGGCAAGCAUAUCAGAAGUUCAACCGCUUAUUUCAAAUCAUCAGAAUAUUGAGCAACAGAAAAUGCUUCAUUCCGUCGUAUCCAGCAGCAAUCAUUUACUCCCUCAAACUCCUCGUCAACCCACCAAAAGCAAGCAGAUUUCAGUAAACGGAAAACUGUACACCGUUAUGAAACUGCUUGGACGUGGUGGAUCAAGUGUUGUUUAUCAGGUUUUGAACCAAGAAAUGACAGACAUAUUUGCCCUAAAAGUUGUGCGUCUGGAUUCCGUUGAUGAGGUCACUGCCGAAGGAUACAUCAACGAAGUGCGGCUGUUAAAGCAAUUGCAAGGUUUGCCUCGUGUCGUCCGCCUCCUUGAAUAUGAGUACAACGAAGAAGAAGAAAAAUUGUUACUAGUUAUGGAAAAAGGUGACACUGAUCUUGCCAAUCUCAUUCGGAACCGAACCAGUCUGAAUGCCAUUAAUCCGACCCUCAUUCGCUUUUAUUGGCAAGAAAUGCUAGAAGCUGUUAAAGAAAUUCACGAUAAAAAUGUAAUCCAUACAGAUCUGAAACCGGCCAAUUUUCUGUUGGUCAACGGAGGCUUAAAGCUAAUCGAUUUUGGUAUAGCUACUUCCAUCCAGGCUGACAUGACGUCAAUAAUGAAAGACAGUCAGUGUGGCACAUACAAUUAUAUGGCACCAGAAGCAAUUAAAUCGGCAUCUCCUGCGGGAGCUAAUCACGAGUACAAGAUUAGUAGGAAAACAGAUGUGUGGUCCCUAGGUUGUAUGUUAUAUAGUCUUAUUUACAAGAACCCGCCAUUUAACAAGAUCAGGGAUACCAUCGAGAAAAUCAAUGCGAUAGUGGACGAGCGUCAUAUUAUAGACUUCCCUCCAACGGCAGAUCCGAUGGCCAUAUCUGUACUGAAAGGCUGCCUCGAUCGCAAUGCACGCAACCGACUAUCCAUUGAACAGCUUUUAUCGCAUCCGUAUUUAACAUGCGCUUACCAGCCUCAGGUGCAGAGUACCCAGGCUAUUCCCCACCAAAUACGCAUUCAGCUACAAUUCCUCUUGGACGGUGGGCAACUCACCGAAGAAGAGAAGGAAAACAUCCGGCGGUGGAUGUAAUUCGCAGGAAAACCACCUCCAUACGCGCAAUAGUGAAUCAAUCACCAUUAUCAAAUUCAUCCUAU